UGAUUGCUCGCUAAGCGUUUUUAUCACAGUUUUUAAUUUUUAUUGUUGUGAUUGGAAAUUAUUAUCAAAAAUUGAUAUUAUUACAGUGAAAUGGAUGUAAAUAUUAUAAAGAAAUUUACGUGUCGAGUUUGCCUCGAAAGAAAAUUGGAUGAAAUAGCUGUAUCGUUAGCGGGAAAUGAAGCUAUGUUAACAUUAUAUCAAUAUUGUACGGAUAUUGUUGUUGACAUGACUAUUCCACCUCUAAGAGUGUACAACGAGUGUGUAGAAAAAAUGGAGAACUUUGCGAAAUUUAAACUAAAGUGUAUAAAAUCUGAAAUUUAUUGGAAGAAUGCUAUUAACAAAAGUGUAUACAAUGAAGACAAGUCUGACAGAGACACUGCGGAAACAGACUUAGUUCACAUUACUAUAAAGGAGGAGGGCAAUGAAAAUGAUUAUCCUGAAUGUGAAUCUUCACUGCUACAUAAUAGUACAAAGCAAAUAGAAAGUUCCAGAAGUGAAAUAACAUUGGAUCAUAAACAAAAAUCACAUGAAUGUACCACUUGCAAGCGAAAAUUUAAAUAUUCUAAAUGUUUCAUUAAUCACAAAUGCUUAAAUAAAAAGUUGGGUAGCAAUGAGACAAAUAUUGAUAUUCAAGAAAAUAAGAAAGGAGACCAAAUAAUAAAGGUCGCACCCAGUCCAAUACUACAAGAUACAACUAAGAAAGAAGUAGAAAACACUUGUGGGUUGUGCGACUUAUGUUUUAAUAAUAAGGUAGAACUAAGGGACCAUCUCAACAAGCACUCUGAAAAUAAUUUAUUCAAAUGUGAAAUAUGUGGAUAUAAUGGACCAGACGCCGCUAAAAUGAUUUCUCACAGGUUUACUCACAUCAGCCAGCACGUUUGGUGUCACAUAUGCAAUCGGCGUAUGAAAUCUGCCAAGAUGCUGGAGUACCACUAUAGAUCGGUGCACCUGCAGAAACCUGGCCAGUGUCCGUACUGCGGUAGAGACUGCAAGAACUACCAUAGCUGGCGAAAACAUGACAGGCUGCAUACCGUGAAGAAGAUGUUUGUUUGUGAUCUUUGUGAUAGAAGAUUUUUAUACAAAAACCAAAUUGUGGCUCACAUGAUCGACCAUUCGGAUGUAAGGGAGUACAUCUGCGAGGCUUGUGGGAAGGGGUUCAAACGUCCGGCCACCUUACGAAUGCACAUGGAAAGCGUCCACAAGCCAAACAAGCCGGUAACUUGCGACCAUUGCAACAGAAGGUUCAAGAACGAAAACAAAUUAAGUUUGCAUUUAAAGAGAUUGCACGACGAAAAACCUUACCAAUGUCCGAUUUGCUUAAAAAGGUAUCGCUUAGAGUGCUACCUGAGGUAUCACAUGUUCUGGCAUACGGGAGAGAAGCCGCAUGUAUGCGAAAUAUGCGGCUUGAAGUAUAAACAGAGGGCGCAUUUGAACGUGCAUAUGCGGAAACAUACAGGCGAGCGACCGCAUAAGUGCAAUAUAUGCGGGAAAGAGUUUGCGACGCCUCAGCAAGCGAAAAGGCAUACAAACGUCCACAGUAGCCUUCCGCAGCAUAUGAGUAAGGGAGAGAGCAAGAGGUAACAGUCAACAGAGUUUAAAAGUGACAGAAGUAUGACGCUGAUUUGACCAGUGUAGAAUAGUCAGGAGAAGCUAUGUCCACAC